AUGGACGAAAUUGCCUACAUGUUUUUGACCGGCCACGAAGACGACCCGCCCGAAGAAGAGACGCCUGUACCCGCUCCUGUGCCAGCAUCACCGUCCCCGGCGGUGAGUAACAUCAACAAGUCCGGCCACAUGAGCCAUUCGAAACUCGAGGCCGUUGGGGAAGUCGCCGACGACCAGUCGCAAACCGCCUCGCCGCCCGUCUCACCUACACCAGCAACACACCGGAAGCGGCGGGGCUUCCGUGACUUUCUGAGCAAAGCCAACUCUAAUAUACAGGAUCAGCUCUUAGACAAGUAUGUGGAAGUGAUCCCAAUCGACAAUAGCCACACAAAUAACGACGAUGCAGAUUUGGGCUAUUCAGACCCAUCGUUUGGUGCGCCGCCGAACGUCAGUGAUAGCGCAGCAGACACGGGCGGUCAUGGCGGCGUCGGUAGUCUCGACCCCAACGACGACAAGCCUGUGAAGAAGCAACGGCCCGGCUUCAGCGUCGCAAUCAUGUCCACCAACUUCCGCCGUUUCAACGCACGCAUCGGCGUCGUCUUUCGUUUUCAGAAGAAGGUGGAGCGCCUGUUGGCCUGGCGCCGUGCCUCACACACAUUGUCGUUCUUGGGCGUCUACACCUUUGUGUGCCUCGAUCCGUACCUCUUGACGCUGGUCCCGCCUGCUAUUCUCUUGCUCGGCGUUCUUAUCCCAGGCUUCAUCACACGGCACCCGGGCACCUCGACGACCAAUACGCCGAGCCUGGCGCUUCCCUCCGAGUACUACGCACGCGGUCCUCCGCUGGCACCGCCACACACCGUGAAGCCUGUGAAAGAACUGAGCCGCGAUUUCUUCCAUAAUAUGGGCGAUCUGCAGAACAGCAUGGAGGACUUUAGCGUGGCGCACGACAAGAUUGUGCAGACGGUCGUGCCGGCCACCAACUUUGCCGACGAAGCCUUUUCGUCCGCCUUGUUUGUCGCCCUCUGUGUGACGGCCAUCCUGCUCUCCCUCGCUGCCCAUUUACUGCCAUGGCGCAUGAUGUUUUUGGUGGGUGGCUGGGUGGUCGUGUGCAGUGGCCACCCGACCGCGGCCCGCCUUUUGCGUGUGUGGAAGACGUCCAUGGGCACACCACCACCACCGGCCUCUGCACCCCGCGGCGACAAGGCCACGACGGAUGGCAAGAAAGACGGUGCAACUGGCGGGGCCGUUCCAAAGACUGAGCCUGCGUCAGCCGCCUCCUUGUGGAAUGCCUGGGUAGCUGCCGACAUCAUUCUUGAUGAAGCUCCUGAAACGCGCGAGGUUGAGAUCUUUGAGCUGCAGCGGCGGUCGACCGAUGCCGCCGAGUGGGAGCCGUGGGUAUUUGGUCCGAGCCCAUACGACCCUCUGUCGCAGCCACGCCUCAAUGCCAACGCGCAGGCCUCGUCCCCUGCUGCUGCGUUUUUGGGCGGCAGCGGCGGACGGCCCCAAGGCGCGCGUUUCUUUGAAGAUGUACUGCCGCCUCAAGGAUGGGAAUGGAGCGAGAAGAAGUGGGCGCUCGAUCUCUGGAGCCGCGACUGGGUCGAAGAGCGUAUCAUCACGGGUGUCGAGGUCGAGACCGAGGGCGAGCGCUGGGUGUACGACAUGUACAACGAGCAUGAGCAGCAGCAGCAACAGCAGCACCAGCUGGCAGCUGCUGCGGAGUCGACGGGAGGAUCUGGAUACGGAGACAGCGAUUUCUACGCCGAUAGCACAGGCUUGCACCCGCCGACGGCAACGUUCCGGCCGCAACGGCGCCCGCUGGGCCCGAGCUGGGAAGAGGGCGAGGAGGGUAUGGGCCGGCGGGGAGAGUGGCGUCGCCGGCGGUGGGUGCGUAUGGUCAAGAGGAAGAAGAUUACUGUCACUGCAUAG